CACUCAGUAAUGCCACGCAUCACAAUAGCCAGCUAAAUAUAGUCCUGGAUUAGAGAGCCUAUUGUUUCCAAUCCUGCUAUAUAAAACUUGGGCUCUCCAGAUGGAAUGCCACUUGACCUUUUGUGUUCCACCAGCCUGUGGUUGUAUUUAACUGAUGCCAGAACCACAGGCUGUCCCUUGGAGGUGUCUUGUGUUGACAUGACAGGCCCUGGUGCCGUCUCCUGGCCAUGUUCCGGAGACACAAGCCCAACGCUUCAGAGCACAAGAGGAAUCCUGCCGCUCAUGGACCUGCCCUGGCAAUGCCCCACAACGACAUGAGGUCCUUCUUCAACCUGUCUCAGCUGGUCCUGUCGGCUGGCCACCUGAGACCCCCGCCCGUCCUAAGACAUUCAAAAGUCACGUACUUUGAAGUGGAGAUUCUGGAUGCCCAAAGCAAAAAGCAGAUCUGUGUAGUGGACAAGAUACCACCUUCAUCUACUCUUCUGGAUGUAAAACAUAAGUUCCACAAAGUAUGUCCUCAGUGGUAUCCGUCUCGUGUAGGCCUGCGACUAGAACGCAAUGGGUCCUAUUUGAAAGAUUCUGUCAACAUAAAAAGCCUUGCCACCUCUUCUAUCAUUACGCUGUAUUUCACAGACAUGGGCCAGCAGGUCAGCUGGACAACAGUUUUCCUAACGGAAUAUACUGGCCCUCUUCUAAUCUAUCUGCUCUUUUACCUCCGUCUCUCCAGUGUUUAUGAGGCAAAAGAGAGUGCCAGAAGCGUCCGCCAUCCCACUGUUCACCUGGCCUGCAUUUGCCACUGUUUGCAUUACCUCCGGCAUCUCCUGGAGACCCUUUUUGUGCACAAGAUUUCUGAAGGGCAAACGCCGCUGAAGAACCUGAUCAAGGGCUGUGCUUUUUACUGGGGAUUCACUUCCUGGAUUGCUUUUUACAUCAACCACCCACAAUAUACUCCUCCAUCAUUUGGGAACAGGCAAGUGACUUUUGCUGCCCUUGCUUUUCUGAUCUGUGAAGCUGGGAGCCAUUUCAUCAAUGUAGCUCUAGUCAAGCAGAAUCAAUCAGGAAAUAAAGCCUCUUUUCCAAGUCCAUCAAUCAACCCUUUCACGUGGCUGUUUGUGCUAGUCUCCUGUCCAAACUACACCUACGAGAUUGGCUCUUGGAUUAGUUUUACAUUAAUGACACAAACUCUGCCAGACGACCCCCCCCACCACAAGCGUGAAGCCGUGCUCCACCUGCCCGCUGCCCGAGGGCAUGGAAUUUGCCCCCGUCAAAACCGGCAAGCGGCACCCCUCGGAGUAAGAGGGGAUGCAGGAUCGGGAGCUGGUGGCUGCCCCAUCAACCGAGCGAUAGCCGCCGAGAAAUCGGCGGUGGUUGCUCUGACGGGUGCUGCUGAAGAGCCGGCACCAUCUUAA